AUGAUAGCCGAGCCCAAAGCAGCCAGCAGCCUCCCCAGCCACAGGGAGAACGCUGUCCACGAUGAGACUGUGCCUGAGUCUGCUGUGCAGAACAGCAGCUGUGUGAGGAGUGGCAACCUGAAAACACCAAGGGAGAAGCGGAGGGUCCGAAAGCGGAGUGAAAACAUCAGGAGAAACUCCUCCAGCAGCAGGAGAGUGAGCAGGCUGCAGAAUGGAGACGUGGUUGAGGCAGUAACGCUGUUUGAAGUGGUUAGCAUGGGGAAGCAGGCCAUGCAGUCUGUAGUAGAUGACUGGGUUGAAGCUUACAAACAAGACAGGAAUGUGGCACUUCUAGAUCUGAUCAACUUCUUCAUUCAGUGCUCAGGCUGUCAAGGCAUGGUAACAGCAGAGAUGUUUCAAAGUGUGCACAAGAAGGACGUCAUGCGGAAAAUGACAGAGACCUUUGAUGAGGAAAGCGGGUUGCAGUAUAAGAAGUUCAUGGCCUACCCUUGGAUCCUGACAGUUACAUGGCCAGUGGACAUGGACAAUGAAGACUAUCCACUGAUCAGAACUGGACCCUAUUGGAAGAAGUUCAAGGCCAAUUUCUGUGAAUUUAUUGCCGUGCUUGUCCAGCAGUGCCAGUGCAGCAUCCUGUAUGAUAGCUACUUGAUGGACACUAUCAUCUCACUGCUUACAGGCUUGGCAGACUCCAUGGUCAGAGCAUUUAGACACACAAGCACUUUGGCAGCAAUGAAACUUCUGACAGCAGUUGUAAGUGUACAUCUGAACCUUGAUGUCAACAAGCACAACGUUCAAAGAUUAUAUGAGGUGAAGAAGAAGAGGAUGAGUAGCAAGAGGACCAAUUACAGACUUGACCAGCUAGAGAGAAAAAGGAAAGAGUAUGAGCAUAAGCUUCUAGAGAUACGGAAUAUGAUGAAUGCCAUUUUCAAAGGGACAUUCCUAAAACGCUACCGGGAUGUGAGCCCUGAGAUCCGAGCAACUUGCAUUGAAGAAAUUGGCAGUUGGAUUAAAACAUACCCAGAUACUUUUUUAAAUGAUAGCUACUUAAAAUACAUUGGGUGGAUGUUGUAUGAUAAGCAAGCAGAAGUGCGGUUGAAGUGUCUUCUGGGACUGCAAGGAAUUUAUAGCAGAAAAGAACUUGUUUCCAGAAUGGAUCUCUUUACUAGCAGAUUCAAGGAUCGAAUUGUGUCCAUGCCUCUGGACAAGGACCAUGAAGUAGCGGUUCAAGCCAUGAAACUCUUGAUGCUUAUGUCACAGAACUGCGAGGAUGUGUUAUCAGCUGAGGACUGUGGAACCUUACACCAGCUUGUUUAUGCCACACACCGUCCACUUGCAGUAGCAGCUGGGGAAUUCCUUUAUAGAAGGCUGCUUUGUCAUGAGGGAGCUGAAGUUCAGCCCAAAGGAGGAGGGAAGUUUGGGGCAAGUACUGACCAGCUGAAAAGAUUAAUAUGCUUUUUCCUGGAGAGUGAGCUACACAAACACGUUGCAUACCUCGUAGACAGCUUGUGGGACUGGGCAGGCAAACUCCUGAAGGACUGGGAGCUCAUGACCACUCUUCUGUUAAAAAAUGCUGAAGAAGAUGGAGAAGCACUGAGUGAUGCCCAUGAAAGUGUUCUCAUUGAAAUUAUCCUCGCGACGGUUCGAGAAGCAGCUGAAGGUCAUCCUCCAGUGGGCAGAGGUGCAGCCAAAAAAAUUCUGUCAGUAAAAGAAAAGAAAAUACAAUUGGAAGAUUGUACCAAAAUUACUGAACGCUUUAUUGUGGUGCUUCCUCAGCUCUUGGCAAAGUAUUCAACAGAUGCACAAAAAGUGGCAAAUCUUCUGCAGAUUCCUCAGUAUUAUGAUUUAGAUGUUUACAGUACAAGACAUUUAGAAAAGCAUUUGGAUGCUUUGCUGAGAGAGGUAAAGGACAUUGUGACCAAACACUCUGACAUGUCUGUCCUUGAGGCUUCCUCCAGGACUUAUUACGUCCUCUGCAGUGAAGAAAUUGCCAUCUAUAGCCAGGUGGAUCAUGCCCGAACUCAACUAAUAGAUGAGUUGAUGGGACAGCUCAACCAGCUACUAGAUAGCUUCUGGCAAAAGGAAGAAGGAUUUUGUACGGAUGCAGGUGAAAUUUCCCGGAUGCACUCUGCUUUGAGAAGAGCAGCAGCUUUUCAUAAUGCCCAUGAUCUCACCAAGUGGAAUCUGUAUGACAAGACUCUAAGGUUGCUGGUGUUUGAAGUGGAACAUGGAAAUUUGCCUAUUCUGAUGAUCCUGCCAGCUCUCCAGUGCACAUAUUUUUCUCUCCUGUGGCAACUAGCUGCAGUUUCAGAAAAUUCUCCCAAGACACUUUUUGCACUAAGAAAAGAGCUGAGACGUUUCAGUCAGAUUUGCAUGUGCUUCCUCCACCAUAAGGAAAAAGAUGUAAGAGAAAAGGCCUUCAUGAUACUCUGUGACUGGUUGCUGAUUUUGAGUCAUCAGGAUUCAAAUAAUAACGAAGAAGCAGUUGGACUUCUAGAUUAUCUUCCUAGCACAUCACUUCAGGAAAAACUGCUUUUUUUUAUCCAGGAGCAUGUUUUUAUGGAGGAAGAAGAGGAAGGCAAAGACCUGACAGAAGAGGAGGAGAGAAAGGAUGAAAGUUGCAAACUUGAUGACUUGUACAACAAGCGGAAUCUACUUGCAGCCUAUUGCAAGUUAAUAGUGUGUAAUGUGGUAGAGAUGACUGCAGCUGCUGAGAUCUAUAAGUAUUAUGUGAAGACCUACAAUGAUUUUGGAGACAUAAUUAAAGAAACUUUAAACAAGACAAGGCAGAAUAAUAAAAUUCAGAGUGCCAAGACACUGAUCCUCUGUCUGCAGCAGCUGUUUCAGACACAUGCAGAAAGCCAAGACAGCAGUAGCAGUGUGGAUUUCUCCUCUGCUUCCUUCAUAAAUAUGAAAGAACUUGCUCGUCGCCUUUCACUGACAUUUGGCUGGGACCAACUGAAAUCUAGAGAAUCUGUAGCCAUGAUACACAAGGAGGGGAUUGAAUUUGCUUUUCAAGGAGCUACUGGAUUAGAUGGAAAAAGCUUGCCUCCUAACUUGAGCUUUCUGUUAAUCAUCAGUGAAUUUUCCAACAAGCUGCUAAAGCCAGACAAAAGACUAGUGUACACGUACCUGCAGAGGUACAUAGCAGAGCCGCUGCCUGGCGGAGGAGAAGAGUGGCAGCCCUUGGUUUGGUACAGAAACUCUUUGUUGGCAAGCGAAGAUGAGGAGAGCUCUGUCCUCUGCGGCUCAGGAGAGUGCACAUCUAAGAUGUCUGCUUUUAAAAGGAAAUUGUCUAAUGGGUCUUUCCCUGAAACCAGCCAGACUGAAGCAGCAAGCAAAGCUCCAGACCUACAGGGUGCUUCCCAGCUUGCCUCUGCAGCAGGAAAAAGCAGAAAGAGGCUGAAGUCUCAGGAGAUGCACUUGCAGGAACAUUUGCCAUUCCCGUGUCCAGGAGGGCUGCGGAGAAGAUACUGCAAAGAUGAGAUUAAGACAGAAGCUGUCUCAGAGGAGGGUCCAUCAGAAGACACAGCUGAGGAUGUCGAUGUGGUUGGUGCAGAGCAGGACGUCUAA